CCCUCUCGGCAGCGCCUCGCCGAGGCCUCUUGAGAGCUCUUCUGCAGAGGUUUUUGUUCCAGGGCACGAUAAUGAGUGACCAAAUCCAGUUCAUUGUUGAGAAGCUCAAUCAGGAGCCCUUCAGGAAGAACUACAAUUUAAUCACGUUUGACUCGUUAGGGUCAAUGCAGUUGUUGCAGCUGCUCAGUGAUGUUCUGGGAGAGAUUGACCCAAAGCAUGCUGUUGAUAUUAGAGAGGAGCUGCCAGAACAAACAGCUAAAAGGAUGUUGAGUCUUCUUGGUAUCCUUAAAUACAAACCUCCAGGAAGUGUAUCGGACUUGAGCACAUUUCGCCAAGGGUUAGUGACUGGAAGCAAACCUGUAAUUCAUCCUGUCUUACACUGGCUUCUUCAGAGGACCAAUGAACUAAAAAAAAGAGCUUAUCUGGCACGUUUCUUAGUAAAAUUGGAAGUGCCAGCAGAGUUUCUACAUGAUGAUACUGUGGCUGACAUCAACAAACAGUAUGAAGAACUGAUGGAAGCAUUUAAAAACCUACAUAAGGAGUGCGAGCAGCUCAAAACAUCUGGUUUAUCUACUGCAGAAAUAAGAAGGGACAUUGAUGCAAUGGAAGAGGAGAAAGAUCAACUCGUCAAAAGAGUGGAACGUCUUAAGAAGAGGGUGGAGACAGUACAAAAUCAUCCACGAAUUCUUGAAAUAGCAAGACAGCUUCGCUUAGAAAAAGAGAGAGAAGAAUCUUUGGCUCAACAGAAGCAGGAGCAAAAAACUCAGUUGUUCCAUGCAGAGCAGAGACUGCAAAGAGCACAGCUCCAGCUGAAAGAAAUGCUUCAUGCAGUAGUGGAUUCAAAACCUGAAAGUUUAAUGAAGAAACUGGAAGAGGAGAUAAAUUUCAAUACAUACCUGGUUACUGAAAAAAUACCUAGAGAGCUGGAAAGUAAGAAGAAUUCAACAUACAUCUUACAAAAGGUGGCUGCAGAGCCAGCUAUGAGUCAAUCUGAUCUCAAUGUACUUGAAAGCAAGAUAAAUGAAGUAAAUGCACAAAUGAAUCAGCUUAUUGAGAAAAGAAUGAUGAAGUAUGAGCCAGCUGAUAGCAAAUUUUCCAUGUACCGCCAACAGGCAUCUAUAAUGUCCCGGAAGAAGGAAGCCAAGGCUGAACAACUUCAGGCUGCUAAGGAAGAACUGUCCAGUGUUGAAAAGCAGGUGCAGCAGAAGACCAGCCAGGCCCACGAGUUGGAAGGCUCGGAAGUUCUGAAAGGGGAUGAGUUGAAACACUAUGUUAAUAAGCUCCGGAGCAAGAGCACCCUUUAUAAGAAGAAGCGACUGGAAGUAGCAGAAAUUACAGCUGAGUAUGGUAUCCUCCAGAGGACAGAAGAACUUCUCAAACAGCGCCACGAGGCUAUUCAGCAGCAGUUGGAAGCUAUUGAGGACAAGAAAGGCAUUUCUGGAUACAGUUACACCCAGGAGGAGCUGGAAAGAGUAUCUGCAGUAAAGAGUGAAAUGGAUGAAAUGAAAGGCCGGACACUGGAUAACAUGUCUGAAAUGGUUAAAAAACUGAAUAGCAUGGUGGCAGAGAAGAAGGCAAGCCUAGCUCCUGUUAUCAGAGAGCUGAGGCAGUUGCGUCAAAAAUGCCAGGAAUUAACUCAAGAAUGUGAUGAAAAGAAAAUGCAAUACAACAGUUGUGCAGCAGGGUUAGAGAGCAAUCGCUCUGCGCUGGAACAGGAAGUGAAAGGACUUCUUGAGGAGUGUGUUCAGGAAGAAAGCAACUACCAUUACAUUAACUGCAUGAAAAGGAAUCUAGAAAUACAGCUGCAGCGUGCUAAAGAAGAAAUGAAGGCAUAUGUCUCCUCAGACCCGCAGGAGAGGCGAAAGACCAUUCGGGAACAGUAUACACGAAUGAUCCUGGAACAAGAAAACCUUGGGAAGAAAUUACGUGAGAAGCAGAAAGUUGUCCGGGAAAAUCACGGUCCAAAUAUGAAGCAAAUUAAGAUGUGGCAGGAUUUUGAGCAGUUAAUGGAAUGUAAGAGGGAAUGUUUUCUGAAACAACAAAACCAAGCAGCCAUUGGUCAAGUCAUCCAGGAAGGAGGUAAAGACAGGCUUGUAUUAUGA